AAAAUAGUCUAAUUAUACGUUAGGAGGUUAAUGAAAGUGAGCUUCAUUUAGGGAAACAAAAGUAGAUAUAUAUGGACUAACAUGUCUCCAGUGGCCAAGAUGUAGAAGAUGGUUUUGCCCUUUGUAUUUUACUCCUUUUGUCCCCUCUAUCUCUCUCCCAAAACCAACUCCGAAAUAGCUAACACCUAGGCUAUUCUUUCUUAUUUUUUCCGCCCCUUAUUUUUCUCUCAACUUUUUUUGCUGUAUCAUGCUCUUUUGCAACUUUGUUACUGUUGUACUUUUCUUUAACUUAUGGAUUUUGGUGGGUUAGUGACAAUGGAGGCUGUAACUGUCCAAGAGUCUGAAACUACUAGCAACUCCAAUGGAUCUGGACAACUUAGAAAAGAGAGAUCUGGUCCUCGUGAUGACAACACUUGGAGGUCCUGUAAAGUCACUAAACCUGCAGAUGACUUUUCUACUCCUGCUAAUUUUUUUAUGAGAUCUGCUUCCCCAAAUGAUGGACGUGGUCGCUCUACUAUGCUCAGUUUUUCAUUUCCAAAGUCUGAAGAAAUCCCUUUUCUUUGUACUACCAACAAUGUUCCUGCUCAAGACUCAGCUAGAACUCUUGCUUUCCCAUUGUUUGAUUCUGGAUCCCACUACAGCAGAGCUGCUUCAGCUUAUGCCUCUGCCUCUGGAGGGUCAAACGAAAGCUCGCGUGGACCUUUUGCCAGGUUCAGAGGUCCAUUUACUCCUUCUCAGUGGAUGGAGCUUGAACAUCAGGCUUUGAUCUAUAAGCAUCUCGUGGCAAAUGUUCCGAUCCCUCAUCAGUUGCUAAUUCCUCUUAAGAAGUCUCUGAACCCAUAUGCAUUUUCUGGCUUGUCCGCCGGACCCUACGCCUCCAAUUGGGGCUGGGGUACUUUCCAUCUUGGUUUCGCUGGCAACACCGAUCCCGAGCCUGGUAGGUGCCGUCGAACAGAUGGAAAGAAAUGGCGGUGCUCGCGAGAAGCUGUCCCUGAUCAGAAGUACUGUGAAAGGCACAUAAAUAGAGGCCGACAUCGUUCAAGAAAGCAUGUGGAAAGUCAGAAUGGCCAUGUUGUCUCUGGAUCCACCACUUCAAAGGUGGCAUCGGUCGCACCCUCAUCAUCAGCGUCGGUGAUACCCAGCAGCGGCACAUCCAACAACCUUGGUGCUGUUCAGCACCAAUUCAAUAACUUGCAGCCCAGCGCUGCCAAUCCUUCCACUGAACAGCUUGUCAACAGAAUGAAAGAUCAUAAAGGUGUCAAUAUGAUAUCUCCAACAAUUGGUUUGAAGCCCAAGGACUUGGCUAUUUCAGUUCAAAAGCAACAUAAUGGAUUUGAGCUAUCCUCGCAGACAGAUUUUGGACUAGUUUCGUCGGAUUCCCUUCUCAAUCCUUCACAAAGAAAUUCCUUUGUAAAUCCUAAGAAUGCUAAUGCUUUCCUAGAUUUCAAUGACCAAGAACAAAGUGAACAACAUCCAGUUCACCAUUUCAUUGAUGGAUGGAACAAGGAACAGUCGUCACGCGCCUCUGCAUCUUGGCCAGAUCAACUAAAUUCAGACUGGACUCAACUGUCCAUGUCCAUUCCCAUGGCUGCCUCAGAUUUCGCAUCCUCAAGUUCUCCUCGGCAAGAGAAACUCACUCUUUCACCUUUAAGGUUAUCUCGUGAUCUUGACCCCAUCCAAAUGGGCUUGGGAGUUGCGAAUAGCUAUGGCGAAGGUAUGCAAAAGACAGCUAAUUGGGUGCCAGUAUCCUGGGAAAAUACCCUUGGUGGUCCAUUAGGUGAAGCCCUGAAUAAUACUGCAGGGAGUGCAGGAGAUGGCAAGAGUGCCUCAGCUUUCAACCUGGCAACAGAGGUUUGGGAUAACAGCCCUCCAUUUGGAUCAUCUCCCACAGGUGUCCUGCAGAAGUCAACCUUCGUUUCACUCUCAAACAGCAGUUCAGGAGGUAGUCCACGAGGUGACAGCAAGAAGGUUCAUGAGGGUAUUGGCAUGUGUGAUGAGGUGAUUGGUUCAACAUUGGCGUUCCCUUGAUGUAAGCCCCUCAGUGUUUGAUUGAGAAAACACACCAGCAGUGUACUUGGCGGAUCCAGAACAGUGUUUAUCUCCUCAAUUUGAUGUUUCUUCUUAAAGACACUUUUCACAUUCGAUAAGUAUGUCCUGUUGUAACUUAAACAGACAUUUGAUGUUAGCUUUUUUCCAUCCGGAGAACUCAAUGUAUUUGUGAUUGUUACCUUGUUUUUUCCUGUAAAAUUAAUGUGUAACUCUCGUUUUC